AUGGGAUUUUGGCGGGCCACUGGACGGAAUUUGGGGCUGGCAGUCUGGCCGGCUUUUUGGGUUGGAGAAUUAGGCAAAAUGUUAAAAAAAGAAAUCAAAGUGGGUGUUUCUGGCCAAGAUUUAGAUAAAUUGGCCCAAAAAUUAAUGAAAGAACAAGAAGUUCAGUCAUCCAGCCUCGGUUAUAAGGGCUUUUCUGCGUCCAUUUGUGUGGCUAUUAACCACGAAUUGACCCACGGCAUACCGGAUGAACGAGUUUUUCAAGAGGGUGAUUUGGUCUCAAUAGACGUAGCCUGUCAUUAUCAAGGAUAUCAUGCCGAUGCGGCUCUGACGACCAUCGUCGGGACCGGGGAUGAAAUCAAAAAAAAUCUCCUCAAUACCACUAAAAAUAGUUUAUAUUACGUUAUUCAAAAUAUCCAACCAGGACUUACUACUACUCAAGAUAUUGGUGCUAUGCUAGAAAAAUACAUCCGAACCCGUGGUUAUUAUCCCAUUAAAGAAUAUGGUGGGCACGGUAUUGGGGAAAAACUUCACCAGGAGCCAUUUAUUCCUAAUUAUAAAACCUCUAGCAAAGGAGAAAUCAUUAAAGAAGGAAUGUUUAUUUGUAUUGAACCUCUGGUGCAGAUUGGCGAUGCCGAAGUAGAGGUUGCUCCAAAUAAAUGGACGGUUUUUUCCAAAAAUGGUCAUUUGAACGCUCAUUUUGAACACACUGUGUAUAUUGGUCCUGCUGGGGUCGAGAUCAUAACUAAUUAUGAAGAAUAG